AUGAUUUCAAUCUCUGAUAACAAAGUUCCGGUAAAACGGGUGCCAAAUUUUUCAGUUGCUGAAAAAACGCACUUGAUGCGUUUAAUUGCCAGUAAAUAUGUAUCUGUAUUGGAAGACAAAAAAACCGACAGGACUUCUUCCAUCCAAAAAAACAAGGCCUGGCAGUUGAUCGAGAACGAAUUUAAUUCGUCAUCCAGCAGCGGUGUAUAUAGAAAUGCAGCCUGUUUACAAAAGUGCUAUUCAAACAAACAAAAAGAAUUAAGAAAAUCCCUAGCCGAAGAAAGGAAAGAAAUUCUGUUAACAGGAGGUGGACCUCCUCCAAAAAUUAAAAAGGAUGAAUCGGACCAAAUUCUUGAAUCCAUUAUGAACAAAAAAACAUUGCUGGGGUUUACAUGUCAAUUUGAUGAUGAUGCUGAUAUUUCACCUAUUAUUAAAUUAGGUAAGCAAGAGAAUGUUAUUGAGUUUGUCAUCGAGGAAGAUGGUGUUCUAGAACCAACAGUAUCAUUAGAGAAGACUGCUAUUAUAACCGAGACCUUGAGUAGUAACUAUGACCAUGUAGCAAUAAAACAAAUAAGACAAGCAAGUCAAGUAGAGUUGAAUAAUUUAAAAAAAAAGAACUCAUGUUGCAAAAAGAUACACAGAUUGAUGGCUGUGAAGAAAAUACCUGGAAAAAAUAUACCCCAGUACAACUACAAACUCCUAUCAGCUUCUAGCACCAGCCUGACACCCAAGAAUCGUCCAAGUCGAAGACGACCAACUACAAUUAUUAAGCCAAUGAUAUCAUCUGAUGUGGGUAAGAAAUAUGAUCUCCUACUGGACAGAAGAUUACAGCUAAUUGACUGCCAACUUAAACAUACGGAAGCUGAAAAUGCCCUUGUUAUGAAAAAGCACAAGCUAGAAAUCGAAAUCCUAGAGAUUGAGUUGGCAAACAAAAAACAGCAACGUUUUAAAACCACUUUCCAGAAUAAUGACUUUUAAACUUGAAUUCAAUUUAUUCAAAAUACAAUACCAGUGUAACAUUCCAAAAUAUACUUACCUAAUUCUCUUAUCGGCAGAAAAUCACAAAUUUGCCUUUUAUGUAUUUAGGAAAUUUUCUGAACAAUAUAUUUUUUAAAUAAUAAAUGAG